AUGUUCAUCUCAGAUAAAGUUCCUGAACAACCCGUGGUUGCUACUGCAUAUCCGAGAAAGGAGUUUAUUCCCUGUAAGCCGAGAGAAGCAAAAAUAUCAGUGCCAUUAGUAUUGGAUGUGGUGGAGCAGCUAAAUAAAGCCUCAACUAACGUCUCCUUAUGGGAUCUCCUUAACAUCCUAGAGCAGAAGAAUCGGUUAAAAGAAGCUUUGGUAGAGGUGGAGAGACCUGCUGAUAGGAAUGUUGCCAAUUCUUUGCAGGCUAAUGAGGAAAGAUUUGCGACCCCCGCAACACAAUCACGCUUGUCAGCAAUGUUGACAAAUGAGGUCACACCACCUAAUCCCAAGUGGAAGGGUAUAUAUCUGAAGACUUCCUCGAAUUAUUACCCUCAAGGAAAUGGCCUAGCUGAAUCUACCAAUAAGAACCUUAUAAGACUCAUUAAAAGAAUGGGGUCUGAACACAAAAGGGAGUGGCAUCACCACUUGAGAAGCGCAUUAUGGGUGGACUGGAUCACGCCUAAGAAGAUUUUAAAGAACUCUCCAUACAAGCUAGUCUACGACAAAGACGCCUUAUUCCCCGUAUCUUUGGAGAUCCCCUCUUUGCAACUCCUCAAGUCUAUUGAGGUGGCCAAAAAUGAGCCCAUGGAAGUAAGGUUGGCAGAGCUUAUGGAGUUAGAAGAAGCAAGGGAAGCAGUGUUUGAAUCUCUUCAGAACCGCCAACAAAUCAUCAAGAGGUGGUUUGAUAACAAGAAGAGUUCUGACCCAGAGCUCAAACUAAGCGAUCUUGUUUUAAAAUAUAAAGAGAGGGCAGCCAAGCCAGGUCAACGCACUAAGUUUGAUGGUUUAUGGGAGGGACCCUUCCGCAUCACAAAUUGUAAGGGGUUUAAUGCAUUCGACCUCGAGAACAUGCAAGGGGAAUCUCUCGAAAUCUCAGUUAAUGGGUUUCAUCUUAAACCUUAG